AUGGCCGACAUCAAUCCCCCGGACGUGUCGCAGCACACAGCUGCACAACGGCAAGAUGUCGCCUCCUCCACUCCUGAACCUGCAGCAUUUCGCUUUUGGAAAGAGAUCAGAGCAAGACAAGAAACGCUGGACCUCUUCUUGGGCCACGUAUUCGCUCUCGCUCCAACCCCAGGUGCCACCAUCAAGCCUUUCUACCAACAGUACCGACUGGCUGGCGCUCUCAAAAGCAGCAGCGCGCAACUGGUCAGACAAAAGAACGUGGACCUAAACGCCAUGCGGGUCAACAAGGAGUUCCGCGACGCCGGGAGCCGGCUGGUCUAUGGCCGAUACGUGUUCCACUUCGAGGACCCGGAAAACUGCCAGUGGUGGACCGAGCAUAUCGGCAACCAGAACUUGGCCAACCUCCGAAUGUUGGCGGUGAAGAUGUACUCGGGAUGGGAUAUCGACUGGUUGAAGUCAGAGUCAGGGUGGGAUACCAAAUCCAACAGAAUCAGCUACGACGUGGACCUUUGUCAGGAAGAACAAUGGCACCGGUUCUUCUCGCGGUUGAGGUAUCGCCACAACCUGGACAGACUCGACCUGGACUUCUCUCGUUGGGGACUGUUCGACGCUUUUGAAGGUCUGACCGAGGAAUGGCAGGCCGAGGUCAGGAAAUGGCGCGAGGCGCUCCUCGAGAAGCUCUUGGACCUCCGCGGCUUCCAAAUCGUCAACAUCAGCGACCCAUGUGGAAUCGCCAUUCCCAGGGCAGACAUACCCGAGUGGAGGGAGACCAUGACUCAGGCUCGAGAACCCGCCCCGCCCGUCAACCCAACACCGGUGCCCCUGGAGCAGACACUUCAGCAUCUCAGGGAUAUGAGGAGACAGAGCGAGUAUCGGGAACGGAUGGACCAGAAGAGUCAGAAGAAGGAGAGGAAGGACAAGAAGAAGAGGAAGAGGUUGGAGAGGAAAGCCAAGGAGGCUGGUAGCAGUAGCAAGGCUACGGGCAGUGCCGAUGCGGAGUAG